AUGGCAUUGGCCGGUCAAGGUAAUGGAGUGUUACUAUCCCUUGCUUUUUCAAGUUUUACUAUUCGAAGCUGGUGUCUCACCGAAAAUGCAUUCAAAUUAGCAUCUUCAGAAGUGAAAGAUUUCAGUACGCAUGGUCAUAAUGGAUCUCCAAGUACCACAGAUGGUGAUGGAAAAGGAUGGAAAGUUCUAGUUGCCGCCGGGGCAAAAGGUUAUGGAAACUAUAGGCACUAG